GACUAACUUAUUCCUUACCACCCACUCUGAAACUAACUGCAACUCUUUGUUAGGUGUGGCAGUCAUUUCAGUCGCUGUAGUAGCUGACAUGUAUAGAGUUGAGUCAUCCGCAUACAUAGAAACUCUGGCUUUACUCAAAGCCAGUGGCAUGUCAUUAGUAAAAAUUUAAAAACGUAAUGGGCCUAGACAGCUGCCAUGGGGAAAUCCUGAUUUUACCUGGACUAUGGUGGAAAGGCUUCCAUUAAAGAACACCCUCUGCGUUCUGUUAGACAGGUAACUCUUUAUCAUAAAUAUAGCUGGGGGUGUAAAUCCAUCACACAUACGUUUUUCCAGCAGCGGACUAUGAACUCUAUGACACUGCCAUAUCCACCCGCAAGCUUAGUACUGCCUCUCAGGGACCUUGUUGCAUUACUGUCUUUGCAUUCUUCACGGUACUACUGGACUCUGACAUUGCUUUUCAAAGUCUGAUUAAGGAAAUCUUUCAGUUGUACAUGUCUACCUCAGUAACCUCAUUGCUGCUAUCCCUGCAAUUCAGUUGCAUGUAUCCUUUCACUUUCAAUUUCCCUUCAUUGCACAUUAAGACUUGUCAUUUGUACUUGCCAUUUGCCUUCAUUGCACAUUUAUACAUCCCACUUAAUAACAUACAUUGUAUUUAAUUGUUUCACUUGUACAUUUUUUGCACUCUUUUAUUUGCACUUCUGGUCAGAUGCAAACUGCAUUUCGUUGUAGUGUAUUUGAUCCAAGUUUAAUCUAAUCUAAUCUAAUGAUCAAUAAUGUCAAAAGCCGCACUGAAGUCUAACAAAACAAAUUAACAAUACUGGAUGCGAUUUCUGUCUGAAUAAUACUCAUAUUGUUAGUGACAAGUUACCCCUUUUUCUUUUCUUUUUACUUUUACAACGAUCGUUAUAGAGGCUUUUUAGGUUGUUUUGGAGGCUAAUGGUUCACUAUGGCAUACCAAUCUUUAACUAAAUGCCAGUUGAAAAAAACAGGUCAUGCUGUAGUUUUAAAAGCCUGCUAUAGUGUCUCUUGAAUAUGAAAGUGAAGCUGUUUCUGAUUAAACCAUCUCUCCUCCUCUUUUCCCUCAAGCUGUGAACUUUUCACUUUCCUCUGGGCAUCAAAGAAGGGAGUCAGAUUGUCUUUCAAUAGUCAUCAUCCAAAGAAAUUCACACACCAUUAUGGUUCAUGCUGGGCAACUGCUCCGCCCACAACCGUAAGGCUCUCUAGAGGGUACUGAGGUCUGCACAACGCAUCACCGGGGGCAAACUAUCUGCCCUCCAGGACACCUACACCACCCGAUGUCACAGGAAGGCCAUAAAGAUCAAGGACAACAACCAACCCGAGCCACUGCCUGUUCACCCCGCUAUCAUCCAGAAGGCAAGCUGUGUACUUUUUCACUUUCCUCUGGGCAUCAAAGAAGGUAGUCAGUCUUUCAAUAGUCAUCUUCCAAAGGAAUUCACACACCAUUAUGGUUCGAGAGGUGCCAAGGUUGAUGAGGUACUACACCAUCACCACCGGCAAUACUAUGGAUUCCCAUAUCCAGUUUACGAGACAACUUGGAGGCUUCACUGAAGUGAUGUCACCAGAGCAGAGUGAUGUCAUCAUGGCUUUCUGUCCCAUCGUCUCUCGUGCUGGUACUGAUAUUGAGGCAGCACUGCAGCAGAUUCCAGAGGGUAAAGAUGUCAUUCUGGUAGUCCUGCAUCACUUUUUUAACCCAGACUGCACUGUACCUGACAGCAGCAGACUAGUGACCAGAAGUGAUGUAAUACUCACAGUGGACUGUCUGUUCCAUGAGAAUAAGGGAGGACUACUGAACUGCCCUCGCAACAAAGCAGCAGUUGGUAACAUUCUGAACCGGCUGAACAGGAAGCCAAAGGUGGUAGAUAUCAGCAUGGACAUCCCUGAUCACAGAAACGGUCCGCAUACAUUUACUCGAGAGAUGUCAGGGAUGGUGAGAUUCUUCAUAUUUGUGGUUGGCAAUACCGUGGGUGCUCAUGUGGAUUUGACAAGACAUCUCGUCAUCAGAGGAGGCUGUACUGAAGUGAUUUCACAAGAGGAGAGUGAUGUCAUCAUGGCUUUCUGUCCCAUCGUCUCUCGUGCUGGGACUGAUAUUGAAACAGCACUGCAGCAGAUUCCUGCUGGUAAACCUGUCAUUCUGGUAGUACUGCACCACACCUCCAACUCAGACUACACUGUACCUGGCAGCAGCAGACUAGUGACCAGAGAGGAUGUAAUACUCACAGUGGACUGUCUCUUCCAUGAGAGCCAGGGACUAUUGGAGUGUCAUCGCAAUGAAGCAGCAGUCAAAGAGAUUCUGAAGAAGCUUAAUAUACAUCCUGAGAUGGUGUGUUCCAGUGUCCUUGAUUGCAUCAGGGCAGACAGGCGUUGUUGCCAGAGAUCACCAUUUGUUUGGCUCAUUCUUUUUCUUUUUCUUGUUCUUUUGUGUUUGGUGGUAUUUUUGAUUGUUUCUUUCUAUAAAAAAAACAAUGAGGUUUAUCAAAAUAACCUAAUGGAAAAAGAGCAAGUAGGUCUAAACAGCAACAGAGGAAUAAACCAUAGAAAUUACAGAUAAACUGACUUAAUUAUACAUAAAAAAUAAUGAAUAAAGCCUAAAAAAGCACCUACUCUACCUAUCGAUCAGGAUAGUAUAUUAGUUUUUAAGAUGGCACGAUGCUCAUGUAAUAUUGUAGGACUACUCUGAUAGUAUAUUCUGUGUUGUCACUUUGUUCUGCUUUGACUGCCCUUCUUUUAAAUAUUAAAGUCAUUGAAUUUCA